UGCAUGUGGCAGUUGGUUCCCGUACUUGUUGGGGGCGGGUUUCAACAUGUAUCUACAUGUCGUUUGCAUUAAUGUUUAUGGGACAUUCUAUGUUAUUGUGUUGACAAAUGACUGUGACUAUUCGCCUGUGUUUGUCCUAGCCUUAAUGCGGUGCGUGCCAUAUGCCUUUUUCGUCUGAGAACAAAAUAAAGAUUGCAGCAUUACGCUGAAGAGCCCAUGCAUGUGGCAUUAUUCUUGGUUUGCUAAGCAGUCAGUGGUAUGGUCGCUUGGGCUGCUUUUGUAGGAAUUAGGGACAACUAUGUGCUCUGAACUGUGCUCCGGGCUAGAGAGGCGCGUUAGAGAUAUACCACGAAUGUACCAGCCUGAAAAGGCCGAGUACAAAGAUAUGCUGUACAGCCUGGUUCAUUUGUGCCGGGCCGGAAGCUUAGCCAGGUCCUCAUCGAUGUCUCCGAAGAGCGGGCAACGGUUCAGCCGUUCACAAAGCAUUGUGUCGGACGAUUACUCAGCCGUGCCUCCAGAAGAGCCCGAAUGGCUUACCAAGAUGGCUGCACGAACGAAAGGCCGCGACACCGCUGCCAGCAUUGGCACAGCCUCAUCACCCCGUGAUCCCCGCCGCAAGCCCCGCCGAAGCUCCAUGACUCCUAUAAGCACUGCCGGCAGGAGCAGCGCCCUCGCCGGCUCGGCAACAGCAGUGGCGGGGCCUAACCUGGGUAGGGCCUCAGCCGUGAUCUUUCCGUCCCCGCUCCGCAGCAGCGUCAGCGCCUUCAACCUGGCAGCUGCGGCUGCUGCAGCAGACGAAGCCGGCAGCAACAACAGCAGUGCACUGUCACCGCGCGCAUUAGACGCCAUGGCAGCGGCUCGGGGAUCAGCGCAGGAUGCCCUGUACGACAGGUUCGGCACGUUUGAGGGUCUGUCAGCUGCGGUGGACGACUUCUACCACCGCCUCUGCAGCGACCCACGAGUGGGGCCGGCCAUACAGGAGGUUCCGGAGCCGGCUGUGCGCCAGGUAAUGAUGCAAAUUAUGGCCAUGUCGUUGCAGCAGCGACAAGAGGAGGCGGUGGGGAGCGGGGGAGGAGGCGGGGAGCUGCAGGUGGUGAAAAGCGGGGACGCAGAGGAGGAGCAGGGAGGAGAGGAAGCAGCUGCAGGCGGGGCGGGAGGAGGAGGUGUGAAAGCGCACUACCCGGGAAAGGACCGGCACGUGUGGAUGCAGAGGUGCCGUGCGCUGCUGCGGGACGCCGGAGCUGCCUCCCCUGUCCUCCACGACCCCUGCACCUGCCACCGGAGCAUCGCCUGCCCCUGCACCGGGGGCGAGCGCGAGGAAGUAGAGGAAGGCAACCCCGUUCCGCUGCUGAAAGACCCGGAUAUGGACCCAAACCUGGAUCGCAACGCUUCUGACCUGAUCACGGCCAAUAGCAAGCAAGGAGGAGCAGGAGCUGCAGGAGCCGAGAAAGGAAAGGGAGCAGGGGCUGAAGACGCCCUUAUCAGUGGUAAGGAAGAGGUCCCGGGGGAGGAGAAGCCCCUCAGAAUCGGUGAGUUUUCAUACAACUUGUACGACGAUGCGGUGUACCAUGCCGUUAUGGACGCCAUGGCUGCAACGCUGGAGGGGCUGGGGGCCGCG